AUGGCCUCCUACGACCCCGCCGACCCUGAGAUGCAGUAUCUUGCUGUGGACCGCAAGAAGCUGCUGAAGGAGCAGAACCAGUCCUUCGAUGCCAAGAAAUCUUGCUGGGCGCCCGACGAGGAGCAAGGCUUCAUUUCCGCAGAAAUACAGAGCACAUCAGGGGACGAUGUAACAGUUCUCCUAAUUGACUCCAAGCAGACGAAGACGUUCAAGAAGGAUGACAUCCAGUCGAUGAAUCCUCCCAAAUUCGAGAAGAUCGAGGACAUUGCUAACAUGACCUUUCUCAACGAGGCCAGCGUUUUGCAUAACCUCAGAGCUAGAUACACAUCUGGUCUGAUCUAUACCUAUUCGGGCCUGUUCUGUAUCGCCAUCAACCCCUACCGCCGUCUCCCCAUCUACACCCCGUCCAUCGUGGCCAAGUACAGAGGCAAGAGGAAGACCGAGAUGCCUCCUCACUUGUUCUCCAUCUCUGACAACGCCUACCAGUUCAUGGUUCAGGAUCGUGAAAACCAGUCUAUGCUGAUUACUGGCGAGUCUGGCGCCGGGAAGACUGAGAACACCAAGAAAGUCAUCGCCUACUUCGCCUUUGUUGCCGCCGCUUCGAAGGGAGAAGGGGAACAAGAGGACAAGAAGGGCUCCCUCGAGGAUCAGAUCGUGCAGGCUAACCCUGUUCUUGAGGCCUACGGUAACGCCAAGACAUCCCGUAACAACAACUCCUCCAGAUUCGGUAAAUUUGUCCGAAUUCAUUUUGCCUCCUCUGGGAAAAUUGCUGGUGCUGACAUUGAAACUUACUUAUUGGAAAAGUCCCGUGUCACCUACCAACAGUCUGUGGAGAGAAACUACCACAUCUUCUACCAGAUGUUGUGUGGAGCUUUGCCAUCAGUUACAGAAACGAUUCUAGCCAAACCUGACGCUGGGUUGUUCACCUUCAUUAACCAGGGAGUCCUUACUGUCAAUGGAAUAGACGAUGUGGAAGAAAUGAAGAUGACUGAUGCUGCCUUUGAUGUUUUGGGAUUCACCGCUGAGGAGAAAACCAGCGCCUACAAGUGCACUGGCUCUAUCCUCCACAUGGGUGAGAUGCAGUUUAAGCAGAAGGGAGAACAGGCUGAAUCUGAAGGAACUGCUGAAGCUGAGAAGGUUGCUCUUUUGUUGGGUGUCAACUGCGGUGACUUCCUGAAGGCUCUGUGUAAACCCAAGAUCAAGGUGGCCAUGGAUUAUGUCACCCAAGGACGAACCAAGAAUCAGGUUCUCUACUCUAUCGGUGCUUUGGCCAAGUCCCUCUAUGAUCGUGUGUUCAACUGGCUGGUGAAGAGAGUCAACCACUCCCUGGACACCAAGAAACCGAGGCAGUUCUUCAUUGGUGUUCUGGAUAUUGCUGGCUUCGAGAUCUUUGAUUUCAACAGCUUCGAACAGCUGUGUAUCAACUACACCAACGAGCGACUGCAGCAGUUCUUCAACCACCACAUGUUUGUGUUGGAGCAGGAAGAAUACAAGAAGGAAGGCAUCCAGUGGGAGUUCAUCGACUUUGGCAUGGACUUGCAGGCCUGCAUUGAGCUCAUUGAGAAGCCUCUUGGCAUCCUGUCCAUCUUGGAGGAAGAGUGCAUGUUCCCCAAAGCAUCAGACAAGACCUUCAAGGACAAACUAACUCAGAACCACAUGGGCAAAUCUCCUAACUUCCUGAAGCCCAGCAAAUCUAUGAAGGGUGGUGCACAUGGUGACUUCGCCCUGAAGCAUUACGCUGGUACAGUUCCCUACAACAUUGGAGGCUGGCUGGAGAAGAACAAGGACCCUGUCAACGAGACCAUUGUGGAUCUCCUGAAACAGUCUAAAGAACCACUCGUCCAGCUGCUGUUCUCCCCACCAGCAGGAGAAUCUGCUGAAGCCAGUGGUGGAAAGAAGAAGAAGAAGAGCUCUGCCUUCCAGACAAUAUCUGCUACACACAGGGAAUCUCUCAACAAACUGAUGAAGAACCUCUAUUCAACACAUCCUCAUUUCGUGCGGUGUAUCAUCCCCAACGAAACCAAGACACCAGGUCUGAUUGAUGCUGGCCUUGUGCUCCACCAGCUUCAGUGUAACGGUGUACUUGAGGGUAUCCGUAUCUGCAGAAAGGGAUUUCCGAGCAGAAUCAUCUACUCCGAAUUCAAACAGAGAUACUCCAUACUGGCUCCCAAUGCGAUCCCAGAAGGAUUUGUUGAGGCCAAGGUAGUUUCUGGCAAGAUUCUGGAGGCUCUGGAGUUGGGUCAGGAUGAAUACCGUCUUGGAAACACAAAGGUGUUCUUCAAAGCAGGUGUUCUUGGUUACCUGGAAGAAAUCCGUGAUGAACGUCUGUCAGUUAUUGUGGCUUUGUUCCAAGCUCACAUUCGUGGUUACCUAAUGAGGAAAUAUCUCAAGAAUCUUCACGAUAAAAGGGUUUCCUUGGAACUGAUCCAGAAGAACAUCCGUAAGUGGCUUGCCAUGAGAAACUGGUGCUGGUGGAGAUUCUACACCAAGGUCAAGCCCCUCCUCAGUGUUGCUGCUGCUGAGGACGAGAUGAAGCAAAAGGAGGAGGCACUUGGCAAAACAAAGGGUGAACUUGAGAAGGUGACACAGAGGUGCAAGGAGCUCGAGGAACAGAGCGUGACCUUAACAGAGGCCAAGAACAACUUGUUCCUACAGGUUCAAACUCAACAGGAUACCAUCGAUGACUGUGAAGAGAGGAUAGAGCAGCUGCUGAAGCAAAAGGAAGAAACUGAUGUUCAACUAAAGGAACUGAAUGAGAGUUUAGUGGAGGAAGAGUCUAAAAAUGCAAUGCUGACUGAAAAGCAGAAACAGAUGGACACUGAAAUCUGUGGCCUCAAGACAAACGUCGAGACUCUUGAAGGAACUGUAUCAAAGUGUCAACAUGACAUCAAAACGAAGGAUGGUCAAAUCAGAACACUCAAUGACGAAAUGGCCCAACUGGAUGAAAUGGUUGCCAAACUAACAAAGGGCAAGAAAGAUGUUGAGGAUCACCUUGCCAAGACUAAGACCAGUCUUGAAACGGAGGAGGACAAAAAUGCCAAUCUCAAUAAAUUGAGACAGAAACUUGAAGGUGCUAUUGUUGAGCUCGAAGAUAUGCUCGACCACGAAAAGAAGGUCCAUGCAGAAGUUGAGAAAGUCAAGAGGAAGUUGGAACAGGAUCUGAAGGCUUCGAAAGACAACUGUGAAGAUCUCGAUCGCAUUAAGACUGAUCUUGAAGAGACUCUUAAGAAGAAGGAAAAAGAGAUCACUGUUCUUACAUCUGAAUUUGAGGACUCUGAGACUCGUGGUAUCCAACAACAGAAGAAAAUCAAAGAGCUUCAGAACUACCUUGAGGAAUGCCAAGAACAACUCGAAUCUGAACGACAGACAAGAUCCAAGGUGGAAAAGCAGAGAGCCCAGUAUGCAAAUGAAAUGGACGAUAUGGCCCAGCUCAUCGAAGAAAAUAAUUGCACAAUUGCUUCACAGUCGGACGUUAUCAAGAAGCGUGAGACGGAAAUUCAAAAGCUGAAGCACGACAUGGAAGAGGCAUCAUCCCAGCAUGAGUCUCAGGUGGCCAACUUCCGCAAGAAGCAGAAGGAUGCCAUGACUGAGAUGAAUGAUCAGAUGGAACAACUUCAGAAGGUCAAACAAAGGUUGGAGAAAGAGAAAACUCAACUGAAGGCUGAUGUUGAUGAACUGCUGAAUGAAGUAGAGCACGCCAAGAAAAACAAGGGAUGUUCGGGUGUGAUGUCCAAGCAGAUGCAUACCCAGAUGACCGACCUCAAUACCCAGCUCGAGGAAAGUGUCCAGCAGCUCAGUGAAAUGCAGAUAGAGAAGAACAGACUGAUGACGGAGUCUGCUGACCUUACCCGUCAGCUGGAAGAAGCUGAACACAGAAUUGGGAAACUUAGCAAGGACAAAUCAUCUCUCAGUGUUCAGUUGGAAGAUAUAAGACGUACCUCUGAUGACGAACAGAGGGUGCGUCAGCGACUCCAGACUGAGAUGAGGAACAUGAACACUGACAUGGUCAGCAUUAAGGAACAACUAACAGAGGAGCAGGAGGCUCGAUCAGCUCUACAGCGCCAGUUGUCCAAGUCUAACCAAGAGAUGCUCAUGUGGAGGUCUAAAUAUGAAACUGAGGGUACUGUCAGGGUUGAGGACCUUGAAGAAUCUAGACGCCGAGUCCAAGCCAAACUGACUGAAGCUGAGCAUGAACUGUCCACUGCCAAUGCUAAAGCCAGUUCUCUUGAGAUGAGCAAAGCUAAGAUGGCCCAGACAAUAUGA